AUGUCUACUCGUCGAUUGGUAACUGUGGUAGGAGCGACUGGUGCUCAAGGAGGUGCCGUUGUUCGAUCAUUACUUGAAACAGACAAAUAUAAGAUUCGUGCUUUGACACGUGAUGUAAAUAGUGAAAAAGCUCAAGCAAUCAAACGUUUGAGUGAUAAUAUUGAAAUGGUAACAUGUGAUAUUAGCAAAUAUGACGAUGUCAAGCGGGCAUUUCAAGAUUCCUGGGCUAUUUAUGCUGUAACCGAUUUUUGGGUACAACCUGAUAAACCUGAAGUGGAAUUACAACAAGGUCAAUUAAUGGCUGAUGUGGCGGCUUCUCUUCAAAUUCCAUAUUACAUAUGGAGUACAUUAGAUGAUUCAAAUAAAUUAAGUGAUGGAAAAUUGAAUAUUCCAUAUUUUGCCCACAAAGCCCAAGUACGUGAUUAUAUCGAACAGAAAUAUCCAAAUUUAAAAGCAAUCUUUGUUGAACUGGCUUAUUAUAUGCAAAACUGGACAGGUUAUUUUAAAGCACAAAAAUCAGAGGAUGGAACUGUGAUCUUUGCCCUUCCUGUUGAUCAAAAAACGAUAUUACCUUUGGCUGAUGUUGACGAUACAGGUCCUGUUAUUGGUGAAAUUUUGAAUAAUCCAGAUAAAUUUGUUCAUCAAAAUAUUUGCAUAUGUGGAGAAGAAAUUCCAUUUGAAGAUUUAGCUAAAGUCUUUACCAAAGUAACUGGUAUCCCAGCGAUAUCUAAAACACUAACGGAAGAAGAAUUUCGGUCUAUACUCAGUCAAAAGCCGAAAUUUAUACAAGAUGAAUUACUGGAUAUGUAUAAAUUGUUGGAAGAAUACAGUUGCUAUGGGAAAAAUAAAGAUUGGACAACGGGAAAAAAACUAAUGCAGUUAAACACAUUUGAACAAUGGUUGAAAAAAUCCGGAUGGAAAGGUGAAUAA